CCAACCAGGAGAGUUUCAUGUCCGUCCAAGACUUGAAGAGCUUUAAUCACCUAACAUUGUGUAUGAGAACGUGACUUUUACAUCUGGAACUUUCUAAAUAUACUUCUAAAAUAGCUCCUCACACUUUAUCGGUUGAUCUUCUCUUGCAUUAACACUACUUUAAAUAAAACCUUUCAGACAGCACGCAUGUUGUUAUCAGUUGUAUAACAGCCAUUUAAACCCUUCAGGAUGUCUUUGACAGCACUUGUUGCAGCACAGAAACCUUUCCCAGGCUUUAUUGCGUUUAGACACACGCAGUUUUCAACCAAACUAAGAGUCUGAUAAAGGACCAGGCUAUUUCUGGUUUCUGUCUUGAGCAUUAAGGCCAUUAAUUAGACGUGAUUGUGAUGUAAAAGCAGACAGCUGUUAUCAUUAGCUACAGCUAUUUCAGCUCUCAGUCUUGGAGGACAAACAGCUGUUGUCAGCUCGCUCUCUCUCUCUCUCUGUCAGGGUCAUGUUGACUCUAUGUCUCUCACUCUAUUCCUGGGUCGGCCCGCCCUCUCCGGCUCCUGCCAUAUUGUCUUUUUCUCCUCGGCCUGAAUUUGUGGCCCGUGAAUAGAUACCUGACAUAGAUCUGUGUCAAUAAAGCAAACGUUUGAUAUAGCCUAAAAGAUCAUGACUGAAACAAUUAGACCUUUUGUGCAUGAUCGUUCUGGUUAAAGUCAUGCCUUACCCACAGGCAUGACCGUUUAGGGUUUUUGGAUUUCUUCCAACUAGACAUUGAAAAACACUGAAAAGGUCUUGAAUUUGAUCCUCAAGUGAGUCUCUAAUUUGCCAAAAUGUCCCCCUGGGAAUUAUUGAAAUAUGAGGUUAUAACUUUUUCUUGAUGACGCAGUGAUAGAGAUUUUAGUUCGUUAUCUGCAGUACUAGAAAAUUCUGCAGAACCUUGUCACAGCAUGCUAGGCUGCUACCAACUCUGUCUAAUCGCAAAUGAGGGGUUUCAUUUCAAAACAUUACACAUGCGUGAAAUGUCCUUGAAAAUAAUAGUUUGACCAAAUAAUAAUUAUGUCCAGCUUUUCCUGAAGCUUCGAGCCACAUCAGCCUUCAUCAGCGGUUGGAGCUUGCUCACUUGUCAUCACGUGACCUAAGAAACUUCGGUCACGUGAUGACAGGUGAUGAUGACUGACCAUCUCCAAGCUUCUGAGCAAACUCCAGCUGCUGAUGUGGACCGUGAGAUGCAGCUGAAAGUUUAGGAAAAAGCUAGUAAGUGGACUUUGAAUGAAGAUUAUUUUGCUUUACAUGCAGUUUGGAAGAAAGGUUCCUACCUGAAAUUCAUCAGCUAACAUUUCAAGACUGCACACGAGUCUUAUGUAGCCACUUGGUAAGAUGGGCAACACCACUCUGAGGCCUUCGCUAUUACUUACAGAUGUGUAUUGCUUGAUACAAUUACAAAUAUAAAAACGUCCAGUAUUUUAUGAAGCUUUCCUGAGUAAAACAGUCCCAGCUCAUUGAUUUGAAACGUUGUCUACUACGGCUCAAUACACCCAGAGAUAUUAUGGUAAAAGUCUGUGGUGGUGGACACGUUUUUAUUGUCUCACAGUAUAUAUAUCAUCCAGUAAUUCUUUAAUUUUUUGGUAUUCCCCAAAAUAGUAUUUAGUAGUAUUUCUUCAGACAGAAUUUCCGAGAGCAGCGUUUGGCUUUUGCACUAGUUGAGCUCUUUGUUAUGUUUGCUUUCUUGCAUGCAUGCUGUUGACUUUUUGUGUGAGCUCUGAAAUAAAGACACAAACCGCUGUCUGUGGUUUCACAGACAAACACAGUGACACGCUUUUUUUCCUUCCCGUGUUUUAGUUUUUAAGCACACACACCUCUACACACUGCCUCUAACCAUGUGAUGUUGUCUGGCUGUGGGUUACACCACGGCCUCAAUAACACCGCAAACAUAGUUCCAGACAGCCGUUAAAGCAAUGCUCUAAAGCAGGCGCCAAGGUAUAUUAACCUACAGAAGGGAAGGCACCGUCGGUGGACAGCAAGAAUGGAAAGAGGACGGAGAGAGGAGGAGGAGGAGGAGGAGGAGAUGCAGGAGGAGGCUCUAAGUACUCCAUGUUUACCUGGUUUGUGGUCCUGGCUUUGCUGGGGGUCUGGAGCUCUGUGGCUGUGAUCUACUUCGACAUCGUGGACUACGAUAGCGUCAUCGCCAGAGCUAAGGAGUUUCGCAUGAACUUUUCUGAAGUUUUACAAGGGAAGCUGACGGCCUACGACACGGACGGAGACGGAGACUUUGACGUGGAAGAUGCUAAAGUUCUGCUCGAUGAAAAGAAGUUAAAAGAUCCUGCUCUCAGGAGAGACAGGCUGAGAAAAGAGGACAAGAAAGAGGUGAAGAAGAAAGGUAAAAGUAAAGAAGACAAGAUGUUACAGUCCACUGAUCAAGAAAUAAAACUCCCAAAAGACCAGACAGCAGGGGAGACUGCUGCUAGAAAGAACACAACCCGAGGUGUCAGGCUGCGCUCUGCCCUGAGGGAAGAGCUGAGGAUGAUCCACGUGAAGAUGGAGGCCAAGAGGAUUGCUCGCAUCGCUCUGGCCGAGAUCAGGGCCUUCCUCGCUGAAGAAGAGGAGGAGAGGGAGGCGGCCUGGGCGCUGAAGACGAAGGCACUGGAGGCUGCCCAGGAGCAACUGAGGGAGGAGAGGGAGAGGGAAGCAGAGAGGAUGGAGAGGGAGAAACAGGAGAAGGAGAGGAUGGAGAAGGAGAGGAUGGAGAAGGAGAGGAUGGAGAAGGAGAAACAGGAGAAGGAAAGGAUGGAGAAGGAGAGGAUGGAGAAGGAGAGGAUGGAGAAGGAGAGGAUGGAAAGAGAGAAACAGGAGAAGGAGAGGAUGGAAAGAGAGAAACAGGAGAAGGAGAGGAUGGAAAAGGAGAAACAGGAGAAGGAGAGGAUGGAAAGAGAGAAGGCGGAGAAGGAGAAACAGGAGAAAGAAAGGAUGGAGAAGGAAGCAAAAGAAAAAGCAGAGAAAGAGAGGUUGGCUCGAGAGAGGGCAGAAAAAGAGCGACAAGAGUUGGAGAGAUUGGCCAAAGAAAAGGCAGCCAAAGAAGAGAGGGAACGACUAGAGCGAGAGAGGGCAGAGAAGGAAAAGAUGGAGAGGGAACAACGGGAGAAAGAAAAACUGGAAAGAGAGAGGGCUAAAAGGGAGAGCAUAGAGAGGGAGCACAUCGCAAAAGAAAGAGAAAGAAUAGCCAGAGAGAAGGAGAGGAUGGAGAGAGAGAAGGCAGAGAAGGAACAGUUAGAGAAGGAGAGACUGGAGAAAGAAAGGAUUGCCAAAGAGAAAGCGGAAAAAGAGAGGCUGGAGAGGGAUCGCAUUGCUAAGGAAAGAGAGCGAAUCGCCAGAGAGAAGGAGCGACGAGAAAAAGAACGAAUCGCCAAAGAAAGAGCAGAAAAAGAAAGACUGGAGAGGGAACGCAUCGCCAAAGAAAGGGAAAGGCUUGAGAGAUUGGAGAGGGAACGUGUUGCUAAGGAAAGAGAGAGACUUGCGAGGGAGAAGGAGAGGAUCGAGCGAGAGAGGGCCGAAAAGGAGAGGCAAGAGAAAGAACGAAUGGCCAAAGAAAGAGCAGAAAGAGAAAGGAUAGAGAGAGAACGUAUCGCUAAGGAAAGAGAAAGAAUCGCAAGGGAAAAAGAGAGAGCAGAAAAGGAAAGACUGGAAAAAGAGAGACUAGCCAGAGAGAAGGAAGAGAGGGAAAAGAUGGAGAGGGAGCGCAUCGCCAGGGAAAGGGCAAGAACUUUUCAGGAGAAGGAGAGAUUAGAGAAAGAGAAAGCAGAGAAAGAAAGAGUGGAGAAGGAAAGGGCAGUGAGAGAAGAGAGGGAGAGAAUGGAGAGAGAACGAAUGGCGAAGGAAAGAGAGAGAAUCGCCCGGGAGAAGGAGAGAAUCGAACAGGUGAGACUAGAGAAGGAAAGGCUGGAGAAAGAGAAAGCAGCUCGAGAGAAGGAGCUGAUGGAGAGGCAGAGGCUGGCCAGAGAAAAAGCUGUUCGGGAUAAGAUGGAGGCGGAGAGGCUGGCGAAGGAGAGAGCAGAGAGAGAACGCAACGCUGUGAAGGUAGAAAUGAAGAAGCAAGAGCUUCUCGAGAGGAAACCAAACGCUUCCCAGCCGAAAGCUCCGGCAGCAGAAGAGAAAAGUGACAGAGCGAGUGUGUCGGCAGUCAGGAGAGAGAAGAGUGCGGCCGAGGAGAAGAUGGCGCUGGGCAGGAAGAAGAAAUGACAGUGGAACAAAGUUAAUAUCUCAUAAAUGGUGCUAGAACUCUGAUUGGCUGGAGGGUUAAAGGAAGUGUGGGAGAGGGGAGUGUCCUCCUCUGUGACAGUGACAAAUAAUGUGUAAAAUACUUCACCUGUCAUCUCUUUCCAUGACUGAGCAGGUGAAUCCUCAUUUCACAGAGUAGGAGACAGAUUUAAAAGAGAGAUUUUAGAGGACAGUACAUUUUCCUAACUGCGUAACAUCACACACAUCAGUUUUUCUUGCUUUAAUCAUGUAAAAUAUUUGCUAUUAAGUAAAUAUUCUGAAGAACAUAAUGUCUAAACAAUAAAGGUAAUGGUAAAGAAUAGGGUGGCAAUUAUUUUCUGUUUUAUUUCUCAUACCACGGGCCUUAUCGCACUCUGCCUUUAUUUUUCCAUAAUGUGUAGAGAGAAACACAGGCAUGUAAACAUGGUGGUUAGUAAACUUAGUGAUUCUGUUAGUUGCAAAGAUAGCUGUGCUUAGCUAGUGUAGCUACAUGAGGACGUUAGCUAACGUCCUUAGUUAACAACUCACCACUCUGGUGAGUGUUAUUCUUACCAUGGUGUUCAGAUAUUCUGCGAGAGGUUUGGAAAUCUGCCAUCACGGUGCGCUCCGGUCAGAACAGUCGGUGUUAACGGAUGGAAAACAAAAAAGAUUAAGCUGACUGCACUGACUGUUCAUGGCACACCUUUUCUGUUAUCACGUUCCCAUCAGUCCGUGGCUUGUGAUAUAGUAUGAAGGUUAACGGUGUGGGGAAAGUGUCCUCUUACAUGACACAGAUACCCUAUAUAUAUAUAUAUAAAUAUAUAUGUGUUUAGACUUUACUGUAUUCAAAUAGGUGACAGUGUGUUUCUGGUGUAAUUUAAAACCUCAUCAGUGUUGAAAAGGAUGAAGGAACUCACUGAAGGGUUCAAUUUAAGAUUAGAGAGUUAACUUACAGAUAGAGCGAUACUUGAGACGUACUGUACGUUUAUGUUGCAUUGAGUUCAUGUUUUUGUUCUUUCUUUCUCGUUUUUACGAGAUUGUCUUGAACUCCGAUUGUUCCUUGUACACAGGAAUGUUUGGUACCUCCUCUGUUCUGACCCCUCUGGCUCUGAUCUUUGCCUGUUGAUGAUUUUUCUAGGAGUUUAAUUUUAAGUUUUAUUAAGUUACCAACUGUCAGUCAUGUAGUGCAUGUUGUAAGGAGAAGAGUCGGGUUGAAGGCUGCUGAGUUCAAGGGCUAAAACGUGUGUGUGUGUGGUGUGUAUUUCCUUUACAGACAUGUUUUUGACUGCAGGGCAGAAACUAAAAUGUUUCACUCACUGGACACAGCAGCUUGCUUUAAGAAAACUUAAAACUAAAUCUGUUUUUGUUUUUUACGGAUUCAAGCUCAAUUCAUCAUCAAUUUAUCUUUUGCUUCAUGCACCCUUGUGCCUUGAGCACAGGGCUUGAUUGCAUUUUUACCGAAGUACAUUUCACCAACUGAUAUUAUUUAGCUUUUCCUUCAAAAUGUGAGUAAAUCUUUGAUAAAUAAAUCUUGGUUUUCAAAUUGA